CCCGCUCUCCCUCUCAGAGCCCCGCCCCACGUAUCGGCGCAGGUCCCCCCCGCCCCUUUCCAUCUGCGGGGCGGCGGGAGGAGGCUCGAAGGAAGAUGGCGGUGAAUCAGAACCAUACCCAGAACCGCCGCGGGGCCGUCAUCCCUAACGGUGAAAGUCUCUUGAAGCAGUCCCCAAAUGUGGAGCUCUCCUUCCCACAGCAAUCAGAAGGCUCCAGUGUCUUUAGUGGUACAAAGACAGGAACAUUGUUUCUCACUUCAUACCGGGUGAUUUUCAUAACUUCGCACUCCAUCAACGAUCCCAUGUUGUCUUUUAUGAUGCCAUUUGAUCUGAUAACGAACCUCACUGUUGAACAACCAGUAUUCGCUGCAAACUUCAUUAAGGGAAGUAUUCGGGCAGCUCCGGAUGGUGGCUGGGAAGGACAAGCUACUUUUAAAUUAGUCUUCAGAAACGGAGGUGCCAUUGAAUUUGCCCAGUUGAUGGUGAAAGCUGCCUCUGCUGCUGCCCGAGGAUUUCCACUUAGAACCUUAAAUGACUGGUUUAACUCUACAAGAAUUUAUGUAAUUACUGGAGAAGGGAAUGUAUGCACUCCACAGAUGCCAUGUUCAGUUAUUGUCUAUGGAGCCCCACCUCCUGGAUAUGGAGCUCCACCUGCAGGAUAUGAAGCUCCACCUCCAGGAUAUGUAGCCCUGCCUGCAGGAUAUGAAGCCCUGCCUGCAGGAUAUGAAGCCCCACCUCCUGGGUACAGAGCCCCUUCUGCAGUAGUAUAUGGAGCCCCACCUCCCAGAUACGGAGCUCCACCUGCAGGAAAUGAAGACCCGCGUGUGGGAUACAGAGCCUCACCUGCGGGAUAUGGAGCCACACCUCCUGAAUACAGAGCUGCACCUGCUGGAUCUGGAGCCAGGCCUCACGAAUCUGCAGCAGCCCAAACUCCUGAAAAUGAGGCUUCUCUUCCCUCUCCCUCCUCUUCUCACGUCCACUCUUAAGCUUCUUAGAUGUAAACAUUGAAGACUCACCAAGCAGAGAGGUACCCUAAAAUUGAAGUCAGGAUAAGGAGGAGGACUCAGGUAUGUGAUCACAGGCUUCUCGCAGGUAGUCAUUCCACCCUUUGGAAGAGCAUUCUUAUGGGGUAAGGUGAAGCUUUACUUGUGUGCCUAGAUUUUAGAAGCAGAAUCAAGUCUUGAUUAGCUGGCUAAAGUAAGAGUAUCAUUGUAGGGCUAAUUCCCAGUAAUUUGGUUGACAUAGGGUUGCAUUUUUAAACAUACCUUGAAUGUGAGUGUGGAAAAAGUUUCCUGUCUUUAGAAACACUUAUUAUGCUCCGUUUGCUAGGCACUAAAUGCGUGCUAAAAACAUCAUGUUGAACACUUAGUUGUUUGAAAAAGCUAAAUUCCCAAUAGUGAAAGAGAAUAUUAUAAAUUAUGGUAUAUGCAUAAAAUGGAGUAUUAUACACCUGUUGAAAACUAUGUCUAGAGGUAGAGAAAGCCUCUUUGAGGAGGCCAAAAACAAAAACAUGAUAAAUUUUACUAUAUCAAAAUUUAAAACUUCUCUUUGACAAAAGUUAAAAGGUAGGCAACAGACUAGGAGAAAGUGAUUUCCAACAUAUGUAUUUAAAAAAUUAUGGUCAGAAUACAUGAAUAAUUACAAAUCAGUUCUCCCCAAAAUGACAAAAAUUUGAAUUGCUGAACAACCAAGACAAUAAUAUGGCCAAAAAACAUUUGAAAAUGUGUUCAGCUUGACUAGUGUUAGGGAAAUGCAUCUUGAAAUGAGAAAACGUUUUUAUCUCCAAAGAUAUACAAAUAUUAAAACUCUUGGUGUGGCACUUUCACAUCUUAAUAUCUACCCCUGAGAAAUACUUGCACGUGUGCACAAAGAUGCAUGUCAGAAGAUUUCAUAUUAUUAAUUGUUUCCAACAGCACAAAAUUAGAAAUAACUGAUAUGUUUAUUAACAGGAAAUAUAUGAAUAGACUAUGAUAUGCCCAUGCUAUAUAUGCAGAAAUUUCUAAGACUUGUUGAUAAUGAGAAAAGUUGUAGGAAGCAUAUACUGCAGUGAUUUUCAGCCUCAUUGGACUGAAUGCCCCAUUUUAUAACAAAUAUUUAUAUUUUAUACCAAAUGUUUAUAUUUGUAUAUUUGUAACAAAUAUUUUGUAAUGUCUCCAUAACUCAAUGAAGUUUGUAGAUAAUUACAUAUGAUUCCACACCAUUUCAACCAAAAUUAAUAUAAUACCAUAAAUAUGAUAGAGGAAAUAAAAGGAGAUUAUAGUAAAA